CUCGCGUUGGAAGCUCGCGUCGGUCCCGCUGUUAUGAAGCUCAUGUUCCAUACGUACGCGUGCACCCUGGCCUGACGACCCGGCGCGGCGCGGUGUGACGCGGCGUAGCACGACGCGGCACGGGGAUCGCCUGAAAGGUGGAGUAGCGUCUAGGACAGCAAAAUGGCGGUCGUGAUAAGAAACAAAUGAUAAGGGUGGCGAACGGCGAUCUCGAGAGAACCGCGGCUCAGUGCUCAUUGAUGAUAGUGCGCGACUCUAUUCCUAUCACGACGAGGACGUGAUAUCUGGCGUCAUCACCACGAACAUCGAGGGAGGAGAAACCGCGCAACGGGGAGGCGACGUGCUUUUCACCCUUGUAAGGCGCCUCGAGGGAGGAUCGCCUCAAUUUCAUGAGGAUCAUGUCACGGGACACUGAUCGUGUGCGUUCGCGCUAACGUGUGAGCGAUUCGAUUAUCGAUUACGGAUCCACCGGCAAAACGGACUGCGCACGACACGAGAAUGCUCGUGAGAAAAGUGACGUGGAGUCCAAUUACGAACGGAGUCGGGGUUGCAAAAAACAAUGCUAAUUUGACGGAUUGAUGGGCUUGCCAACGGGAAUCUAAUUGCGUCGCAAAUAUGCAUUUACAUUUCGAGAAGAACAACAACGCCAAAUGCGACUGCAACAUUUUGUCGCUCAGCUGGAUGGGCAAAGUGCCGGACGAGUCACCAGAGGACGAAGGAUGGAAGCUUGACCGUACAAAUUACUACCAGGAGGGAUGGCUGGCUACCGGCAACGCCCGCGGCUUGGUAGGAGUGACUUUUACCACGUCGCAUUGUCGUACACGAGCCACGGAACUUCCACUUAGGGCGAAUUACAACCUACGAGGGCACCGCAGUGAAGUGAUACUCGUGAAGUGGAACGAACCUUACCAGAAGUUGGCUACGUGCGACAGUUCGGGUGUAAUCUUCGUUUGGAUCAAAUAUGAAGGACGAUGGAGUAUAGAAUUAAUCAACGACAGAAGCACACCUGUUACGCACUUUUCUUGGUCCCACGACGGACGCAUGGCGCUCAUAUGUUACAGGGACGGUUUUGUACUGGUCGGCAGUGUCGCUGGUCAGAGGUAUUGGUCGUCGAUGCUCAACGACAAAGCAACGAUAACUUGUGGCAUUUGGACUCCGGAUGAUCAGCAGGUCUAUUUCGGCACAACCGCGGGCCAGUUAAUUGUGAUGGACGUUCACGGAGCUAUGGUGUCGGAAAUACAAUUGGGAGCUGGCGUUACAUCGAUGGCCUGGAGCGCCGAAAAGUUUAUCAUGGAGGAAGGAGACGAUGACGUAACGAGCGACCGGUCGCAGAAAGAUGAUCGAAGUUAUGUGUUAGCCGUCUGUCUCGCUGAUGGCAGCAUCGUCAUGCUGCACUCGUUUGAUGACGUGUCGCCGAUCACGAUACGCAGUAAACUGAAGACACCUCUGCAUGCCGAAUGGAGCAACUCUAGGAAACUGUUGGCCAUUGCCGGUACGAAGGAGCCCGACGUUCUUCAGAGCAAUCCACAGGAGUACACGAAUCUACUGAAAUUUUACUCAGUCAAUGGUACCCUUGUAUACACGACAACAAUUCCAUACACGCAAUGUCCAGUAUCGGCAUUGACGUGGGGUCAUAAUGAUAGGCGGCUCUUUGUUGCGACUGGAGCACGCGUUCACUCGGCUUGGGUCUCCAGAAGAGUUGGCUCGCUUCAGUUGUUAUCCAGAUUGGCAGUGAGAGCAGCUCUUGCGAGGGAAUCUAACGUGCAACAACUUCCAUUACCGCCGCGACUGAAGGCUUCAGUGGCUGCCCUUUUCGCUAGCACAAUACGAUGUUCAGUACCGGAGCCGAGGGAGUUGCGUCGAUUCGUGUCAAGGCCACCACCGGGAGGGAGCCGGUUACAUUGCACGAUGCUGAGGCACGCCGUGGAACCUAUGCCAUGUUAUACGCUCUAUCUGGAAUAUUUAGGCGGCCUCGUGCCACUCUUAAAGGGUAGACGAAUUAGUAAAAUCAGGCCUGAAUUCGUAAUAUUUGACCCGCAAAAUCAAGAGACUUCACACAUAUUCGACGAAGUGUCACAGUGUCCAUCGUUCAGUGACGGCUCGGAUACUGAAAGGGACACUGCGGACCUGUGCGGCUCGCCACGGAACAGAAAGAAGUGUAGGAGAAGAAGAGAGGAGAAAUGGAACGAUGAAACGGACGACCUCACGUAUGCGGAUACCUUACCAGAGCACGCGAGACUGGUCGAGGUAACGUCGAACAUCUGGGGCACGAAAUUCAAGUUUCACGGUUUAGCGGAUUCAAUUCCCGCUAACCUAGGUCAAGUGACUUAUCGAACAUCGUUACUGCAUUUACAACCAAGACAAAUGACGCUCGUGAUGACGGAACUUCGUGACGAUUUACCUUCAGGUCCGGAUCCUACGUUCAAUCCUAAUCUGUUCUCUGAGGAUGAAGAAGAGUCGUAUCAAGAAUUGCAGGCGAGCUCGCGAGCCACCCCGGAGACACAGCCGCCUCCAAUCGCUCCAAUGACUCCUCGCAACACCCGACUCAACCCAAAUCGACCCAAGUCUCAAAUUUCAAAUCAGUUCUUAACGUCGGAGACUUUGCCUCCGUCGUUAGCGAGAGUCGAAGGUUACGAGAGCGAGUUUCCAUAUGUGGACAUGCAAGACAUGGGUAAUCUAUACGAAAAUAUCAGAAACGCUCCCACGAACACUUAUCGCACGCCACCGAGGCACAAUCCGCCGCGUUGUUGUGACGUGCCGGCCCUGCAAUCGCCGAAAAACGCAGUAGCACCUACGCAGACGUUAAUAGCGACUUCGAACGCCAAUGCUGACUACGCCAAUAGUAUCCAGAGGAUGAAGACCGUCCUCGCGGAUCAGCAGGCAGGUAUGGCCACCAAAAAAGAGUUGGAAAACAAUAAGCUCAAUCAGCUCUCGCAGGACGACAAACCGAAUCUGACGUCUUGCCCGGCGAACAUUAUUUCUAUGUCCAUACAUAACGGUCAGGCCUCGAGCACGGAAGAAUCGAGCAGUCGGAACAUUUCUCAGGCCUCAAUUUUGAAAAAUUUAGAAAAUACCGUAGACUGCACCUCGGCACAAACCGUGUAUCUGAACGGUCUAAGUAAUACCGCCUGCGGCAGUAAUGUCAACUCAGUUACCACGUCGCACAUCGGCACUGUUCAAGAUGUGACGUCGCAUAGCACUCAUAGUUUUGUACAUACUAAAAAUAAUCAAAACACUGAGACAAGUAUGGCGAAUCCCAAUACAACGCCUUUAAAUGGCUCUCUUCACACGCAACUUGGGCAAGGAUCGACUUUGCUCCACAAGAGCGGUGUGCACACUAGUGCAAGCAUAGUCUCACCGGCGUGUUCCUAUCAGUUCCCGGAGAACAUUGAUAAGUGUUUUGGAUCAUCAUGUUCGCAGUGUUUCUCUAAGCACGGGAUUAAAGAUUUCAAGUGCCACGUGUGCUAUGGAAAGAUGAACUCCGGCUAUGUGAGCACCGGGACGCCCGCUAAAGGCAAGUCGGAUGAGAUGUAUUUCAUCGACGACGAAAUUCGUGGUGAUACGGAGACGUUGGAGCAAUUACGCGGCGUUCAUAGGACUUCAACAGUGAUCAGUAUCAGUCCGAUAUGCUCAAACGACUCGAUAGUUAGAAGCUGCAGUGUCGGUUACCUAGACCUGGUGGACGCUCAAUUGGUUCCGUGCGACGUAGCCUUAAGAAUGCUUCGGCGCGACGCGCCAAACAAGAGACUGGUUUUGGUGUCGCGGAAAACGAAACGGAGGAAAAAGAAUAAGCCUCAGCACUCCGACGUAAAUCAACAGAACUCGAAACCGCCUAGACUCCGUAAUUGCGGUAAAUCCAAGAGUCUCGAUUCUAGCGACAUCUUUCCGAGUAACGAACAAAUCAUUUCUCCACCACAAUUACCGGAACAUAUUGAGGAAACGACAGGUAUAGCCAGUUGCGAAAUAGUCGAAGACAAGUGCAGCGGAUUUGUGGUGCAACCGACAGAUAUAACAUACGAGGUUGUACUCAAACAUGAAGAAAUUGAAAAGAACAUUGUCGGAACUUUUACGAGAGAUAAACCAAGCCAAUUAGAAGCUGCUGCAUCUCCCAUUAGAGGCUCGAGCCCUAGUGGAUCUUUCGCUUCAUCGCUCGACGGUCUCGCCGCGAGACUUCGAGAUUUUGAUGAGAGGCAUUCCUUACCACCGCCUUCUCCUCGUCCAUCAUCAAGAUUGCCGAGGAGUUCGCCCAGUAGUCCAGCGCCUUCUAAGAAAGGCAAACGGCCAGCAUCAGCUUCUCCUAUCCGAAGAAGGCUUCUGUCGAGUCCAUUAUUGAGUAGAAGAAUGAGAAAAAGUCGUGGCGAAAGCUCGGAUGAAGAAGGGCUUCUUCAGGAUGAUUCCUCAACGAGUUAUCGAGAUCUUGAGACAUUCCAGAAAGCUCAGCUGCGUCAAAAGUUAAAGCAAAGAGGAGCGGGUGUUUCCGGUUCUAAAUCGGAAGCGAUAAGACGCGAACUGGUGAUGCACAAUAAGGCACCCAUGUGGAACGAAUCCAGUCAAGUGUACCAGCUCGAUUUCGGUGGCAGAGUGACUCAAGAAAGCGCCAAGAACUUUCAAAUUGAAUUCAGAGGUAGACAGGUAAUGCAGUUUGGCAGGAUAGACGGCAAUGCGUAUACGUUGGACUUUCAAUAUCCAUUCAGCGCUUUGCAAGCGUUUGCUGUUGCUCUAGCAAACGUCACACAACGACUGAAGUAACUGUCGUUUAUCUUUAGAUUAUAUCGUGAAAAAAAUGGCAAACGUGAAACGUCUUAAAUCAUGAGUGUAUUAAGAACUGAAGGAAGAAACAAGUUCGAUUUUAAUCAAGUUGGAGUAAAAAUCCGUCGAGAUUCUCAUCGAUCAUCAAGAUUCAAUACAACUUCGACGGAUGUGUCGUUGACGAUACCGACUGACCGAUUUACAUAAUUCCUAAUUAAGCUAUUGAUUCCAGCAACGACGAGAAAGAUUUCGCGUAGCCGGAGAUUGCCGAAGCUUCGGGACGAAUGAGACGUUGUAUAACAGAUUUGCAUAUGCAAACCACUGAGAAAGAGAAAUACAAGAGGGUAUACGCGCGCGCUAACUCGCGUAUCCACGCGACGUGCAGUCACGAGCGAAUUGAAUUCAGAUAAAACACAAAGAUUUCGUGGCAACUAUGUAUAACAUUUCGUUAAACGCUUCUUCGUCGUACCGUCCAGAAUAUUUCGUUUCCUCCCAACCUCGAGCGCUCAUUUUGUAUAGUUUAUGCGACACGUUGGAGAGUCUAGUGACGCUGUUGAAGGUUCACCUCGUUCAUUUUUGCGGUCCGCCGAGUGUAUUCGAAUUUUAUAUACAUAUACUAUAUAGACGAACUCGCACACGCGGGGCGGGACUUACGUGUUGUUCAAUUAAAUGUUUCUUAAAUGCGUACGAUGAGAGUAACGAUAACAAUAACGAGUACGAUAAUAAUAAUAAUAACGAUUUUAAGAUAUAACGAUAGUAAUGUAACGUCCGGCCUGUAAUGGUCUCCGCCAUUAACGGUAACAGAGCAGACUGAUUUUAAGAGAAGGGACGAAAGAGUCAGAGUCAGAACGAAAGUAUGCACAUGUAUAUGUGAGUGUAUGUGUCAAGAUAAUUGUUGUCUGUAUUUAACCCGAGUCGCACGAUCGCACUGUGGUGUUUACUUCGUCGGUUCGAAGGUGGUACGAGCGAAUAUAAUAUCGAUAAACAUAAGGCCUAUACGCAGGAACGCUGCUAUCGGCGAGAAAUUCGCCGUGUUCCGUGACUGAGGUGCCCGAAACGAUCAGGGUACGUAUUAUGAAAUUAUUCAGAAUGGAUUUCAAUCGAAAUAAUCUCUUUAGAAAAUAUAAUAGAAACCUAGGAAAUAACUGAAUGAUCGAAUGUUUCCGAUCGGAAUUCAUUCUGAAAAAUUCUGAAAAUAAUGCGUGCCUAAGAUUGUAGUGAAUUCGAUGUGAGAUGCGCAGCAAAAAUCGUGCAUAACUUGAAUGUGAGGAUCCUCGAAGCGACAAUGCGAAGCUCUUACUUCGAGCGUUCCGUAAAUUCGCAAAAAUCAAGCAGUCUAGGAGAAGUUUUUGUGGAUUAUGCAUUUCUUUUUUCACGUGCAAGAUCGCGGUAGAUUAUUGGAGGCGAGAAUGUUUAUAGAAAUCGAGCGGAAAUGUGUCAUAAUUUGAAGCUUCCGCAAUGCUCGUUACCUCAGAUAGACAGCAACAUUGAAUAUAGCGUGUAAACAUUUAAUGCAUACUUUGUGAUGAUAUUGCGACAGCAUAAUGUGUUUAAAAUACUUAUAUUAAAAAAUCCCUACUUAUUAUGCAUAAGUAUUUACUAUUUUUUAUCUAAAUUCUAAAUAUUUACUUCUUAUUACUAUAGCAAUUCUAUAUUCAGAAUUAAAUGCUUUCUCUUUCCGACAAAAUAAACAGCAAUUUUUAUGGCAUAAGACGACUUCUUUUGUAUAUUGAUAAAAUUCUUGUUGCAUAAAGACGCAUCUUUGUGUAAAUGAGAUCGUGACAUGUCUAUAACUUUUCAGAAUUUUAUUGAUAAAACUUUCUGUUAACUAAUUAUUACAACUGACUAGACAAACAAGACGGAAACAAUUUUUCUCUAUGUUUUAAUGCUAAAAAUAAAAUUAUGUAAAUCGUAUAUUUUUUAUAUUUUAGUUUUUUUUAUUUUCAUUAAUGUUUUAUUUGAUUUUUUAGGAUUAGAAUACUCUAAUCUGUAAUUUUUUAUAUUGUGCUAAACUAUAUCACAUUUUUCAUAAAGAGUUAGCUUGCGUGAUCUUGUGUAGCAUUUCCCACUUAUGUAAUCUCACUUGCGGACGUACUCUAACAACUUAUUUUUUCGAUUUAAUUUAUUUUAUGAAUGCAAAUGACUUUUAUUAGACAGAAUGAUAUAUCACACAACUGCAAAAAACUUUAUUUUAAUAACACGUCACUUAAAUUGACUCAUUCACGAAAGGGAAUGUAAACACGAAAUUUUGUCACAUUCAAAAAUUUACUCGGAUGUUUUUAAAUCAGACUUUUCUUUUUUCUAAUAGUAAUUUUAAGUUUUUAAUGGAACUCAGGGGAAAAUACUUAUGUCUUAAAAAAAUAUUUCGCAAUUCCGUAUUUACUAUUUUUUUCACGAUAUAUACAUUAUCAAACUUUCUUGCGAACUCUUCUCGAUCUCCCCUAUUAUGCUAGUUACUAAGCAGUAUAUAGUAUGUAAAAAUAUGUCUACCCGGGUACUCUGCUCGUGAACCUUACAUCGUGAAAUUAUAAGGCCGUAUGUUCUCAUGACAUCGUGUAACUAGCAAUCGCCAUAAUUUUGCAUUGCUGCGAACAUCGAUGGCGCCAUAGACAUAGUAUACAUGGACUCCAAAUGCCUUUGUUCUGUCGUCUAAUUGAAUGAAACCAACAUCUAAAAAGAGAGCGAGAAUAGAGGGGCUAUAGUUUUCUUUUGUCACUUUUUUGUUGCGCGUGCAUCCAUUUCUCGUUUCCAUAAUAUUAUAGAGUGUAACGGCAUUCCGACUAGACUGGCAAACAAAAGUCCUACUUAAAUCUUGCACACUUUGCCGUGCAAAAAGAGACAGAGAACAGAGGUACAUGUUGGCUUCUCUUUUCUGACUGUAUGCGGAGUCUAUGUAUAUUAUGUCUAUGGGUGGCGCUAAUCGAGAUUUAAAAGUCUUCACACUGAGUAGCGUACUCUGAUUACGUACCUUCUAUUUAAAAUGCCCCAUAGUCACAAAUUUAUGUUGAAUUAAUGCACAUGGGACUAAUUUUUUCAAUUACAGAAUUAACUAGAAUGUAUCAGGUACUUAUUAUGUAUUUGAAUUAUUUGAAAAACGAAUGAUUAUAUAAAAUUAUAUAAGACUUUCGUCUCUAUAUUACCAUAUAAUCAUAUGUAAUUAUAAAUGUCCAUACCAAAAAAGUAUAUAAAAAUAAUUACUUAUGUUUGUGGUAGCCGAUAAAUGUCGAUGUUUAGUUAAACGAAACUAUUUUUUCUCAUUCAAUAUUUUUUCCGUGUGGGCAUGUAUAAUUACAUAUUAUAUAUAUACAGAAUGUCCAAAACCUUUUUUGACACAAAUCGCAAGAAAAUAGAACGGAUUAAACGGAACAGAAAAGUCAAAUACCAUUUUGCAAAAUUCGCAAUAAUUUUCGAGUAAUUAAUUAUUUUGUCCGAACAAAUUAGCGCUCAGGUCGGCGCGCGACCAUGAUAUACGCGAAUCGCGGCUCGCUGCGUCCCUCCGCCCAUAGCUACCCACAAGGCAGUACAAAACAUCUUAGCAAUGUUUCCAGAAUAUUACAUUUCCAAUGUUAAAUAUUCUGGAGAUAAUCUCAGAAAUAUUCUAGAAAUAUCUCUGCAAUGUCUUAUGUCACCAACUUGUAAUAUUGUUGAGAUAUUCUGGAGACAUUGCAGGGACAUUCUGAA